AUGGUAGCCCUUCACUGCGAUGGGUCCUUAACGGCUGAAAGAGCUUCCUCUGGUGAGAUUCUUCGUGAUGAUGCAGGUAUUCUCAUUAUGGCGUUUGCGGAUUGGAAGUUUGUGCAUAAUGGUGAGAUUGAUAAUACAAUUCGGAUUUGGUUGGGCUGGGAUCCGAGUUUUUUUAAUGUUGAAGAAAUUCAAAAAACUAAGCAGUUUAUUCAUGCCAAGGUGUCGGUUUUGGGAACUGCAGUCUCUUUCCUAUGCACUGUAGUGUAUGCUCUCAAUACUGUGGCAGGCCGAAAGGAUUUGUGGGAGGAUGUGGGAAGUCUUGCUAGUGCUAUUGCUACUCCAUGGGCUGUCUUAGAGGAUUUCAAUGUGAUUCAGAAUCAUAAUGAGAAAUUUGGUGGGGACCCUGUUCGGUUUGAGGCUAUUGAUGAUUUCAAAACUUUUAUUGAAGACUCUGGGUUGAUUGAUUUGAAGUGGAAAGGGGAAGCUAUGACUUGGAAUAACAGACAAAGUGGUGAUGCUAGAAUUUGUUGUAAGCUAGACAGGGUGAUGGUAAAUUUGGCUUGGAUGGAUGUCUUCAGAACUUCAGAGGCUACUUUUCACCCUCCUGGUCUCUUUGACCACUCUCCUGUAGUGGUGGCUGUGUUAGAUGAGGCUAAUUUCUGCCCUAAACCUUUUAGGUUUUUUGAAGCUUGGAUUGGCAGAGUUGGGUUUGAUGAUAUGGUUCGGAAGGGCUGGGAGCAGCCUGCUGCACAGGCUGAGUUGUACCAAACUCAAUGCAAUCUUAGGGACCACCCUGAUGACCCGAAUUUGGUUCUUUUGGAGACUCAAGCUAAGGUGAAGUUAUGGGAAGCCUUGGCCAUUGAAGAAAAGUUUUUGAAGGAGAAGUUUAGGGUGAAACAUAUUCAGCUGGGGGAUGGUAAUAAUAGUUUCUUUCAGAAAUCCAUGAUUUGUAGGCAGAAUAGGAAGCAUAUUCUGGAGAUUAAAGGGGAAGGAGGUGACAUUGUUAAGGAUCCUAGCCAUAUUAAAGAUGAAGCUGUCUCUUUUUACAAGAAGUUGUUUGGAUCUGAUUCG